CUGAGCAGCUGAGCCCUUGCACCGCAGUAUCAUACAACGCAGGGGAAUAAAAGCAGCAUGGCAAGGUGGCUGCGCCGUGUGCGUGAUGAUGUUGAGAGUGACGACACCAUAGUCUCAUAGCACAGAUCACCGAGGCAGAUAGAGAUCGAAUCGAAGCUACGACUAGUCGAGCCAUCAAGGACCAGCCAUAACGCCAGUGCUCGCCGAGACUGUUUUUCUGAAUCGGGUGAAGAGAUGCUUCAGUUCGGCGGCAGGGUGUGCGGUUUCUCCGCUCUCGUCUCAGUGGUUCUGUUGGGGUCGGCGGCUGCAUUUUCUGAUCUGUUUGACAACCAACUAGGCGACAUCAAUUACUGCAAACAGCAAUGCCAGAUCACCAUCAAAAACAAAAGCCCCACAAAAGAUUCAAUUAUGAAUGCCUGUCAUCGUGGGUGCCGCCUGUACUCGAUAUGCCAGUUUGUGAAUGGAAACGCCGGCUUCAACACCAGUAAAGAGGAAUGUCAGGGAGCUUGUCAGGAGGCCUAUAACCGGCUGCUUGAACAGGAGGCGUGCAGCACAGGGUGUGUGAGCCAGCCCGCUGAACCUGAGAUCAAGAGGAAGAAGCUAAAGGCCAUGGCCCACCGACCUAAGCCUGUGUCAGUGAUGGACGCUGUGUCCAGCUGGUGCAAUGACAUCAUCAGCUCUGCCCAGAGUUUCAUCUCCUCCACCUGGACUUUCUACCUGCAAGCUGAUGAUGGCAAGGUGGUGGUCUUCCAGAGCCAGCCUGAGAUCGAGUACUCCCUGCCCGAGCUCCAGGCCCCCCGCUCCAGUGUGGCAGACAAGCCCUGGCCCUCCGCCAACACCCACACCCAGCGACCACACGCAGGUGUGAGGUCUCAUGGGGAGAAGAGUGCAGCAAAGGCAGUGGCCAAGGGGAAGCACGCCGCCCAGCACGCAGAGGAUCCUGCAGCAGAGCACGACUUCUUGGGCUGCAUGUCAAGGCGCUCAGGUCUGCCCCGCUGGAUCCUGGCCGCAUGUCUCUUCCUGUCUGUGAUGGUCAUGCUGUGGCUGAGCUGUGCCAGUCUAGUCACUGCUCCUGAGCAGCACAUCAAGAACCAGCUCAGCAUCAAUGGAGACAAGGAGUUCCUUGAUGAUGUGAAAGUCCAACCCUAUCAUCUGACACCAGUGAUUGCUGUGGCCAUCAGCCAACCAGAGGAGAGCAAGGAGGCGGGGCCACUGCCAGUCAAGGUUGACCUGAAUAAGACAUCUAUUUAAAAUGCUUGUGUAAUUGGUCCUGCUGUGUCUCUGGUAACCAUUUCAAUUGCUCUCAGUUAGGGGGACAGUCCAGAUUUUAUAAAAACAAACAUGCAUGGCACCAUUUAUCCACAACAAUCAUGACCUUAUCUGUAUGCUAGUUUCCCUAUAAAAGUGUGACACAAAAACAGUGUGGGCCCUGUGUGCUUGUUCACAAAUGUAAAAUGUUUCUUUAAGUAAUGCAGACUUCUUUUUAGUAAUCUGUUAGAUAUUUGAAGUUUAAACAACCAGACAGUUGAAGGUAAAAUAUCCACGAGAAUAAGAAUGUAAUGGAAUGUUCAUGUAAAAGAACCCCAGUCACAGAGAAACCCAAAUUCCUACUUUCACCUAAGGAAUCAUGUCACUCAUUACAGAGGUCCUCCGACUGUGUCCGUUUUUAUCAAAGAUUGUGUAACCUCGCUCUUAGGUAUUGAUCCGAUGUUUCAUAGGUAACAUCACUGGUGCUUAUAGGCUUUGAACUGCUUUCAUUGAACUUGUUUAACAUCACCCAAAUAGGAACCAGAGGAGGUAAACCGGUGUUUGUCAAGCUUGUCUUCACUCCCCGAUGCCCCCCCCCCCCCCCCCAAUACAGGGGUAACUUAAAUUAAGGCUUCUGCUCAAAGAUGCAACGGAUUUCUGUGUGGUUUUACUCAACACAGAGAUACAACUCGAAUGUAAAUAUUCCAAAUCCUUGCUAGCUAUUUGACACCUUCGUUUAGAAUACUACUUGAGAUCAUUUUUAAAGCUAGUCAUUUGUUUGUAAUGCCCAAGUAUAACUACGUAGAUAAGGCAAUAAUACAUAUUCAGUAGUGUUAAAAUGGGAAGUUUGUUUUCCAGGCAGAUUACCUGCUCUGAUGAUAGUGACAUGGCGCCAAAUUAGGGGCUGCCACCAAGAAGCUUCCCAAUGGGUUUUAGUGAGGGAUGCUGUAUUUACUGUUGCUUGUAUUUCACCAGGUGAAAAACUGCAGUGUGACACCAUGCAGAUUAAGAACAUAAUGAAAAAGAUACACAAGGCCCAUUUGAAAUAACACUAUAUAUAUGUAUGUAUGUAUUUAUUUAUUUAUUUAUAUGCAUAUUUAUUCAGAAACUAUAACCCUCUUCUUUUCCGGGUUUUGUAGUUCCAUUCUAUCGCAACUGUAGAUCGCUAAUGCAUCAGAUUUUGGCUUCAGUGUACUUGAUAUGUGUACCACAGGUGAAUAACAGUAUGUUUGCUGUGCAAGAUAUACUGUCCGCAUCCAAGUAUAAGGACAGCUAAAGCUCACAUGUGGCAAAGACCUUAAAACAUAAGGUGUAAUUUUAAAAGGUGUGUCAAGUUGAGAAAACGGAUAUUGUUGUGUUAUCCAUGGUUUGUUUUUGAGCACAUCACUCUUCUGACUCUUAUUCCUAACCAAGUACUUAUAUGUAGAAUAUCGCUUUUAAGAUCGAUCUUUUUUGUAACCUGGCUAUGAAACUAAUUCUUGAAGAAUAACCUUUUUUUUCCCCCAUGUAACUCUUGGCACUGUUCGGUCACGCUGUUUUAGCCACGUUGCAUGUUAGUAUGCUACGAGACCUUAACCCGCAGCUCAUGUCCCAGUGGCAGAAAGACUACUGUGCUCUUGUGCUCCUUUUGUGUUUCUAACGCCAUGUAAAUGUCAAGUAUAGGUCGUGUGAUAAGCUCCCAUCAGGAGAGGUGGGGAUGGGCCAUUAUUGUCCUAAAGCCAUGCAGUGCUGAUGUAAACCACAAGGUCAAAGCAGACUGUAGGGGAUCCCCCACACGUCUUUCAUUUCUCCUUUCAAAUGGUUUCCUGAUGAUAUGGUAUGCAAUACACAACAAAUAAAAGUGUUUUCAUGUUGUACUUAAA